UGCUGGUGGGAGACCCUUGCGUGUCCCCACACCCCGCCCGCUCCUGGGCCCUGUCCCUGCCGGCCUGGGUCAGGGGCGAGGCAGAGCCGGCUCUGCGGGGGGGGGGGCGGGCCGAGGGUGAGAAGGGCAGGAAGGGCCGGGCCGCGAGGGGCCGGCAGGGGCGAGGGCCCUGAUGGUGCUGCAGGGCCCCCCAGCUCCUGGGAGCCGCGGAGGCCGGGCUGCAGGCCCCGCGGGCGCUCAGGACUGCCACGUGGACGCGGCCUGCACGCUUCCCUUUUUGCACGCAUGUUCAGGAAAUGAACGUUUUCCUCCUCCUCUUCUGGACGGCUUCCCGGGAGGCUGGGCCUGUGGGAGGGGAGGCGGCCUGGGGCCCAGGAGUUGCUCUUGAGCUCCCCUCCCUGCCCGGGGCUGUCCCCUCUCCUAGACAAGCGCCAAGCCACACCCCAACUCCACCCACGCCCCCGGGCCCAGAAGCCCGAAGGGUGGGGGUGUGGAUUUGCUGGGAUGCAGCCAGAGGCAGCUGUGCCCCCAGCCCUGAAGCAGUGCAGAGUGGAUGCGUUCAGGGCCCCUGGAGGGUCUCAGCACAAGUCAGUGAGCGCGCUCUGGACCUGUGUGCACCGCCGGCCGUCCUUGGCCGCCGCUUGCUCCCUGGUGGGCCUGGCUUUGCCCCCGUGUGCUGGCCUGAGGGCGGUGAGGUGUGCGUGGCCCCGACGGGCAGGAUAGACGCCUGGGCAUGUCCACUUCCUCUCAGAGCCCAGCCUGGUCAGUGGAGGGACAACAGGAAAUGGCCCGCUUCUGACCUGCCAGGGGCCGGAUCCGCCCAGCGGGACCAGAGAGCCUCACUGGGAGGAAAUGCACGCACAUGGGCCCUGAGAGAUGUGUACAAACAAAUUCGUGACAGCGCCACGCGCCAGCCAAAAGUGAGAGACAGCCCAACUGUCCCUCCCUAGGAAAUGGGUAAAUAAACCACGGUGUGUGUAGACAAACAGCACUCAGCAAGGAAAACAGAGGCUCUCUCGUGAUGUCGACACAUGAUGAACGUCAGACUUAACCUGCAGAAGAGGCUGCGUCUCAGGAGAAGCCGAGAGGCAAGGUGCCACCAGCUCGAAUCUGGAAAGCAGGCAGGCAGCCCUGGGAACAAAGAGGUGGGGGAAUGAAAGGAAAAGGGGGCCGGGGGCUGAACAGGCUGGUUCUGGGGAGAUGAGGAUAUGGGGCUGGGUCCAGAUGAUGGCAAAGUCUUUCCUCUCAAUCCGGGUAGUGGGCGGGGGAUGCCGAUUUCACUUUCAUUGUCUCUAAAAUAAACUAUCCCCAUGUUAUAACCUCCCUCUGUCUGACACCUGGGAUAACACAUACAGAAUGGCUUCCCAGGGGCCACCACGGCCUUUGCACACAUUAUCCCCACUUAAUCCUCUCCAUCCAUAUGGAACCACCUUCCCUGUUGCCCCCAUGAAAGAUGGUCCCUUGGGUGGCCGCUGGGGGACCCGGCUCAGGGUCAGUGACGACUUUUCCCUACACCCCUGUUGCACCUGUGUGGAGCCAAGUGGUCAAGGUCAGGCCAGUGGAACGUGAGGCCCAUAAACCCUCCACCCCCCCCCCCCCACAUUCCCUUCCUGUGCUGACUGGGUGUGGAC